AUGGAAAAUCUUUAUGAGAUACUCAACAGUAGAUCUGGAGCCUCCAUGGAAGAAAUUAAAAAGUCCUAUAUCUCAUUGGUCCGCCUUCAUCAUCCUGAUAAGAAAGUCCAGCAGCAAUCUCACUGUUCUGACAUGGCCAACUCUGAGAUGUUUAUUAAGAUUGACAGGGCGUGGAAAAUCUUAAGCGAUCCUAAGUCCAGGGCUCAAUAUGAUGCCAUGUGGCAUGAGCGAAGCCUUGUUCAGGAUCUUCCCAUACAGGAGAUGGUUGAUUUCAAAGAAUUUGAUCUGGAUGAGAAACUGUAUACCUACCCAUGUAGAUGUGGCAGUCUGUAUGUUUUGACUGAUGUGGAAUCCCAGUUUCAUUUUGAUAUUGUGUGCUGUGGGACAUGCUCUCUGACCAUAAAAGUGAUUUACAGUGACUGA